AUGUUUGACCCCCCUUUGGCAAUUUAUCCAAAUCUCAGCAAGAAGACCCCCCAUCCUCUUUUAGAGAAAAUAACUGCUUACAAGAAAAAGGAAAAACAGCCCACUCAAUUUGACCAAGUUAAUUCUUUAACCAAAAUCAAAGAACAAAAUCCUAAACUCAAACAAAUCUUCUCCCAAAUUCUCCAAAAUAUUCCCAAACAACGAGUUCCUACUAUUUGGUUAAACUUUCAAAAGAGGAAAAAAGAAAAUCCCAAAGCAGGUUUGCCUCAACCAAAACCCCUCCAUCGUUAUCGUUCUUUUACUUAUCCUCAACAUGGCUUUAAAAUUGAGAAAGGGCAAUUAGUUCUCUCCCGAGGUCGAGGCUAUUCUGAACUAAAAAUUAAUAUCCGAUUACACACCCAAAAGAAAAAUGGUAAAAAAGAGGUAGAAGUUAAACAAUUCCCUAAAACUGGUAAAGAAGUGGGAAUAGAUAUGGGAUUGAAUGAUUUUUGUGCUACUUCCGAUGGAGAAAAGUGCGAAAUUAAACAAUUCUAUCGCAAGCAACAAGAGCAGUUAGCCAAACUAACAAAAAAACUAAGUGGAAGCAAGCAUAAAAGAAACAAGAAAGACAAAACUAAACCCAGUCAAAGGUUUUUCAAAAUCAAAUCAAAGUUAUCUAGGCUAUAUGAGAAAAUUUCUAACCAAAGAGCCGACUGUUCUACAAAAAUUAUUUCAAUUGACCG